UUCGGUUGUGCACAGUACUCGCUUAAAAAUAUUAAAAAAAAUAUAUAAAUUCAGUGCUCUUGGGUUGUCGCUCUCAGUUGCUCGUUUCGGAAAGGAAUUGUUUGAUCCCCUCGGAUAUCGUCGAGAACAUGCCCAGCAAAGCUCGUCCAAGUGCCAAGCUAGCCCUGCCGACUCUGGCCCUGUGCUGCGUCAUGAUAUCGCUGGCCGUCGAGACGGAGGCUCAGCUGAACUUUUCCACCGGUUGGGGCAAACGAAGUGGCGGCGGCGGCGGAGACGACUCGAUCGCCGUAGGACCGUCUUACGCAUCGGGCGCCGAUUCUUUCAUGGACGAAAAGUUUCAGAAGCAACAGCAGCAACAGAGGCUGUCGUCGGACCUCGACGAGUUCGUGCGCUUUUAUCGACGCUUCCGGAAGAUCUGUAUCAUUUCCAGGCAAGGGACCGCUAUCAGCUGCAGGACCCCGACGCGUGAUUGGAUCGAGCGCCUGCUGGAACGGAACGACGAUACGGGCAAAUAACGUCGCCACUCCGAAAUGCUUCGACCUCUAUUAUUUAGCAUAAUUACUCGGACACAUCAUUUUAUGUAUCCAAUUGAGUGAACACGAUUUGGAAAAUCAAUAAAGUUAUUAUUAUCAUUAA